CGCAGCCGUGUUUUCACGGCAAUUUUGAACGCCGUCAACACGCGGCUAGCAGCGCACGCGUGACCUUACGGCCGGAGAAGCCGCCACUGGCGUGAAGUAUAGGUUUUCCUUAUGUUUAGACGACAGCCCGACCCGACAAGAAGACGUUAGUUUCCCCGAGGCUAAGCUAAUCGUUGACUUUACGUGAACCUUCGGCGGUUAGUAGCAUCCGCUGUUACCGUUCUAUCAUGUCUGGCGGCGGAGUUGUCCGUGGACCGGCGGGGAACAACGACUGCAGAGUCUACGUGGGGAAUCUCCCGCCCGACAUCCGCACUAAAGACGUGGAAGACGUGUUUUACAAAUACGGGAUGAUCCGGGACAUAGACCUGAAGAACCGGAGGGGAGGGCCGCCGUUCGCCUUCGUCGAGUUCGAGGAUCCGAGAGAUGCUGAGGAUGCCGUUUAUGGACGUGAUGGUUAUGACUAUGAUGGCUACCGCCUGCGGGUGGAGUUUCCCCGAAGUGGACGUGGCGGUGGUAGAGGAGGUGCAGGAGGAGCAGUCGGGGCCGCGAGGGGGAGGUACGGUCCCCCGUCUCGACGCUCUGAGAACAGGGUUAUUGUAUCAGGUCUUCCCCCCAGUGGGAGCUGGCAGGACCUGAAGGAUCACAUGAGAGAGGCAGGUGAUGUAUGCUAUGCUGAUGUGUUCCAUGAUGGCACCGGGGUGGUGGAAUUUGUACGCAAGGAAGACAUGACCUACGCCGUCCGCAAGCUGGAUAACACUAAGUUUCGCUCUCAUGAGGGAGAGACUGCCUAUAUCCGUGUGAAGGUGGAUGGUCCUUGCAGCCCCAGCUACGGUCGUUCUCGUUCUCGCUCUCGGAGCCGCAGCCAGAGCAACUGCGGGUCCAACAGCUACUCGCCACGUCACAGCAGAGGGUCUCCACGUUAUUCCCCCCGGCACUCGCACUCCCGCUCCUGAACGUAGACCCCUGACAGCUUAAUUCCUCCAACCCAGCCAGCCGAACCCCUAUCAACACACCUGACUAUGGGCGAGAACACAUCAUGACACCCAACAAACCUUGCAUAGCCCCUCCAUGGACCGUCUGCCAUGCUAAGCAUUCAUUGUUUUCUCUUGUGUGUUAUGCCGAUUCCCUCAGUUCGUUGUUGUGGGUCUCAUUUUUGUUUUUGGCAAAUUCUUGUUUCACCAGUUCUGAUUUUAUUUUUUUUUCAUUUGGCUUAAAUUCUCUUGCUCUGUGUUUGUGGCCUUGUCUCCCCCUCCCCCCUUUCCACACACACCCUUUCUCCCCCACCAUCGCCUGACCCUUUCCCCUCUACUCUAACUUAUCUCUCCAUCUCUUCGUGUACCUUUUCCUCCAUCCACCCAAUCCAGGAGCUGUGUGGAAGGGAAUGGUACCUUUUCAUCAUCGUAUGCUUGGCGUGUUAAAGCUGUUUCUUCUCGGGGAGGGAAGAUUUUCUUGUUUUACUGGCCUUGCAUUUCCUGUGGUGAACUAUUGUACUUUGACCUUCUCGUGUGUCUCUCUGUAGAGUUCAGAGGAGCAGGAUAGGAUGGGAACAGAGGAAAAGGAAACUCUUUUCAUAUUAGGAUAUACGGGAGGAGGAGGAGUCAAAUAUGGAGCCAAUGGUAAUGAUGGCUGUGGCCUCUCAACUCUGAAAAUUACUUGACAGGGCUUUAGUAAUUAUUUUUUACUCUUACCAUAUGCUUGACGGAAGCUGAAUACUUUUACUGAAUGUUAUCAGCAGUAUAUUACUCUUUCUGUUUGCUAUGCUAUGGCGGAUGUAGUUUUCUGCAUGCCCCCCUUUAUAUUUCACUGUACCAGGUAACUGGACUCUUUCAGAACUCCCAAGGGCCCAGAGGCACACCUGACCUGAAUUUCUUUUUGAAAAGACAAAAUCAGAAAUUGCUUUGCUGCGUCAUGAUGGCAUCAAUUUUAACUGUUUUCUAUAUUUGUUUUUGGUAGACCCAUUGGUCUCUGUUCUUUUUUCUUUUUUGUUGCUGAUGCUUAAGUAUUCAAAAUAAUAGGGGUUUGUUUAGAUUCGAGUGUAAAUGGGGUCAUUUUUGUUUCGCUCUCAAAAAUCAAAAUCCCUCCUAUAUAGAUGUAAUGUCAUUUUUUUAUUUUUUUAUUUUUUACUUUUUUGCUUUGUGAAGGUUUAAUUCUAACCUGCCUCCUUCUCUUUGGUUCUGCUGGUAUUCUGAAGGUUUGUCUCCCCAUUCCGGAGCCGGAUCAGGAUUCAGGAUUAGGAUUAGGCUUCGGGAUGAAUACAUGGAGCAGGAGCAUGGGAACAUUUUACCGGGAGAGGAUCCUGACCCAGCCCGUAAAACCUCACCAUACUGGAAUUAUUAUAGUAAAACUCAAUUGGCUUUUAAAAACUCCAAAUUAUUUUUUAUCCUUUUAUUUUUUUGGCUCGUGUGUGGGACCUGAGACGAUUACUGGCGGCAUCCUGAUGAGCGAUUUGAUAUAGAAAAAAAUCUUUUUUUUGGGGCUCUGCUCUAAACUACCAUUUUUUUUCUCAAUUAAAAAAAAAAAAGGAGUAAAGCUCGGAUCAAAACCAGGAGGCGGGCUAGGAGAAUGGAUCCACGCACAUAAGGAGAGUGGUAAAUAGUGGGGUAUCUGAAUCAGAGGAGGAGGGAGGAGGAGGAGCAGUGGGAGGUAACAAGGGAAUGUGCUGCUUUCCAUGUUUUCUUUUCUUUUCCCAGGAGGAUUUUGCAGUGAGAGGAAGUGCUCUGAUUUUUCUAAGUAUAAUCUCAAAGUAUCUUGGAAGUGUUGGUCUGUCAAUAAAGGUUUCAUU